AUGCCACGAGCCCAAGACCUAGCGACGGCGCUCCUGUCUACGACGGAAAAGUCCAUCAUCCCACUGACGGCGGCGCAGGUGUCGCAGGGCUCGAAGCUAUUCGGAGCGGCAGUGCUCGACCGGGCGACGCUUGCGCCCGUGAUCGCGGCGACCAACAACGAGCGCGAGUCGCCGCUGCUGCACGGCGAGAUCAACUGCAUCCAGCAAUUCUUCAAACUGCCGCGCGAGGGGCGGCCCGAGACAAAGGACUGCGUCUUCUUCGCGACGCACGAGCCGUGCUCGCUGUGCCUGAGCGGCAUCACCUGGUCGGGCUUCAACGAGUUUUACUACAUGUUCACCUACGAGGACAGUCGGGAUCUGUUUGCCAUUCCAUACGACAUCGACAUCCUCAAAUCCGUCUACCAGGUCCCCUCGCCCGGCGACACCGAGGAGAUUCUGGCGGCGAAGCCACUCUACAACCGCAAGAACAAGUUCUUCACGGCGCAGUCGCUCGCCGAGCUGAUCGAGUCGGUCGAGGACGUCGAGGCGCGGACGAAGCUUCAGGGCGAACUCGAACGGGUCAAGAAGAUGUACGACCAGCUCAGCGCGACGUACCAGGAGGGCAAGAAGAGCGGGGCGACGACGAGCAGUUUUUUCCAGUAA